ACCCCUAUCCCUUAAUUACGCUUGUCCUCACCUUCAUUACCCUUUCUCUCCCAUCACUUUCACAAGAAAAAGCAAAACCCUCUCUUUCUUUAUAUUUAGCCAUACCAUCAAGAACGCAAAAAAAUUGAAUCCAGAAAAAAAAAAAAAAAAAGAGAAGGAAAAAUGUCGACUCACAUUUCAUAUGCUGAGCAACAUCAACUUAUUGAAAAGCUCGAGAUCUUCAAGAUCCUUGGCAGAGACAAGCAUGGCCAUAACAUCCUUCGCAUCAUUGGCAAAUUCUUUCCUGCUCGGAUUAUUACUGUGGAUGCGCUUAAGAGUUACUUGGAGGAAAAGAUCUAUCCUCGACUAGAAACGAAGCCGUUUUCAGUGUUGUACGUGCAUACCGGAGUCCAAAGAAGCGAGAAUUUUCCUGGAAUAUCAGCCUUACGAUCUGUUUACGAUUCGAUUCCGAUCAAAGUGAAGGAAAAUCUGCAGGCUCUUUAUUUUCUUCAUCCUGGUUUACAAGCUAGGCUCUUCCUUGCCACCUUUGGUCGUUUUCUGUUUAGCGGAGGGUUGUACGGGAAGCUGAGGUAUAUUAGUAGGAUUGAUUAUUUGUGGGACCACGUAAGAAGGAAUGAAGUUGAAAUUCCUGAAUUUGUUCAUGAUCAUGAUGAGGACUUGGAGUACCGUCCGAUGAUGGAUUACGGAUUGGAGAGUGAUCAUCCUAGGGUGUACGGUGCACCUGCGGUGGAUUCCCCUGUGUCAAUGUACUCCAUGAGGUGUAUUUCCUAAUAAAAUUAUUAUACGGGAAAAGUGAAGCAAAUUAGGGGACUUUUUUUGUAGGUUAGUUUGGUUAAUUUAUGUGAAUGUAUAUAUACAUAUAUAUGUCGAGCUAUUUUCUUUUUCUUCUUGAGAA